UAUCAAACUUUAAAAGAUAAGAAUAGAGCAGAAGUAGAAUUGUUUCUUCUUUUUUCAGACGGGAGUAGAAUCCUGCGGAUCAGAUAGAUCAUAGGAAUAGCUAGCUAGUAAACAAAUAAAAAGUAGACAGAGCUCUGCGGACACCAAUAUUCAGGAACAAACGAAUAGUACGUGAGAUUGCACGUGGUCCAUAUUCUGGGCGGCGAUCCGCAGGCGGGCUACACACACAUACAUGGCGGCGGAGGGCGCCGGAGGCCGGGGACGAGCCAUGCGGUACCCGCCUCUGUCGGCGCUCGUGGUCUCCGCCAUCGCGGCCUUCUCGGCCGUGAUCGUCCUCGCCGUCGUCCACUCGGCGUACGACGACGCCAUGUCGCGGACGCGGACGCUGCUGGGCCACAACCUGGAGCCGACGCCGUGGCACCCGUUCCCGCACGACAAGGGCCGGCCGCCGGCGCGCGCGGCGCUGCGGUGCGCGCCCUCCAUCGCCUGCCUGCCGCCGCUAUCGUCGUCGUCGUCGUCGCCGCAGCCGCAAGGUAACAAGAAGAAGAAGCAAAAGCAGUGCCCUGCCUACUUCGCUGCCAUCCACCGGGACCUGGCUCCGUGGCGCGGGCAGGGCCGGGGCGUGACGCGCGCGCUCCUGGACGAGGCGCGGCGGCGCGCGUCCAUGCGCGUCACCAUCACGGGCGGCGGGCGGCGGCUGCACGUGGACCUCUACUACGCCUGCGUGCAGAGCCGCGCCCUGUUCACGGUGUGGAGCCUGCUGCAGCUGAUGCGGCGGUACCCCGGGCGCGUGCCCGACGUGGACCUCAUGUUCGACUGCAUGGACCGCCCCGCCAUCAACCGGACCGAGCACGGGGACGGCGCUCUGCCGCCGCCGCCGCUCUUCCGCUACUGCACCACCAGGGACCACUUCGACAUCCCCUUCCCUGACUGGUCCUUCUGGGGCUGGCCGGAGACGAACAUCGAGCCAUGGAACCACGAGUUCAAGAACAUCAGGGCGGGCGCCAGGGCAACGAGAUGGGCGGACAGGGUGCCGACGGCGUACUGGAAGGGCAACCCGGACGUGGCGUCGCCGCUGCGGGAGGCGCUGCUGGGCUGCAACGACACGGCCCUGUGGCGCGCCGAGAUCAUGCGCCAGAACUGGGACGACGAGGCCAGGUCCGGCUACCAGCACUCGAGGCUCUCGGCGCAGUGCACGCACCGCUACAAGAUCUACGCCGAGGGCUUCGCGUGGUCGGUCAGCCUCAAGUACAUCCUCUCCUGCGGCUCCAUGGCGCUGCUCAUCGAGCCGCGCUACCAGGACUUCUUCAGCCGCGGGCUGGAGCCCCGGGUGAACUACUGGCCGGUCGCCGCCCUGGGCAUGUGCGAGUCCAUCCGGGACGCCGUCGACUGGGGCAACGCCAACCCGGACGAGGCCGAGCGCGUCGGCAGGCGCGGGCAGAGGCUCGUGCAGGACCUCCGCAUGCACGCCGUCUACGACUACAUGCUGCACCUGCUCACCGAGUAUGCGCGCCUCCUCAUAGACCAGGACCACGGCUUGAGCCCGCCGCCCCACGCGCAGGAGGCAUGCGAGGCAUCCCUGCUCUGCCUCGCAGACGACAAGCAGCGGAGGUUCCUCCACGCAUCCAAGGCAGACCCCGCGCCGGGCGACCCGUGCGUGCUCCCGCCGCCGUGAUCCCUCCCCCUCCCUCUCUCUCUAGGAUUUCUUUCUUUCUUUAUUUAUUUAUUUAUUAGACUCAACAGACAGAUCAGAACGAGUUGGGAGGAUUUCAAUGAUGGUUCUAAAGCUUCUGACAAAAGCAUGUUCAGAUUUCAUUUUUAGGUCAAUUGCAAUUUCCUUGAAUUUAAAUUGUAUUAUGUA